AUGUGGGCGAAGGUAAUUUCACCUUCGCCGUCAGUGUGUUGUUUGAAACACGGAUGAUACAGUCGUCGUUGAAAACUUGUUUCAAUUAGUAACGGUAUACAAUAAUGGCUGGCGGGAAGAAAUCAGACAAGUGGAAAGCUGGUGGUGGAAAGAAAGGAAAAGGCACAAAAGGAGAGGGUAAGAAAAAGGGUGGCAAAAAGAAGGCCAAACCCAAGUUGAGCGAAGAUGCCAAGAACAGGCAACAAGAGCAACGUGCUGCGGUGGAGGAAGAAAGGAGAAGGAUGAGAGAAGAAUUAAUCAAUUCUUUUCUCAGGCACAAACUUCUGAAAGAGCAGAACUUGACUCGUCUUAAUCAAAGUAAAUUGAUUGAGAAAUGGAGGCAUGUCCUUCGAGAUGCGAAAAGCCAGGAACUUUCCAGGGAAUUGGAAUUAAUGAAAUUGGAUUUUGACAAGCGCUACAGCGAGAAUAUCACAGAAAUUAACCGGCUGAUGGAAUCUCUGCUUCAAAAUGGAUUGGAUUUCGUUCAACUUUGCAACAUUCAAAAACUAGAAACAGACAGAACUUUUGAUGAGCAUGUCUCCAGACUGAACAUACUGGCAAAUGUUUAUCAACAGGAAAGUAAUUUAUUCAAAGCGACGAUAGUGACAGACUAUACUUCGGCCAUGACUUGUCACCAGCAAGAGAAGCGUUCCCUGCUCUCGACUAUCAGCACUCUGCAAUCUCAUUAUCGCGAAAGCUACACAGCUCAGAAAGCCAAUUUCCAAAUCCGUAAAGAUGAUAUCAUUAAUCAGGGAUUGGAAGAAGAGCAGACAAUCUGCCAGAACCUGGAGCGCCGCUUAGAGCACAGCUGGCAGCAAUUACACGAAAAUUGCGUCGAUAGUGGCGAGUUGGACGAACAACGCUGGGCCUUGUACUCGCUAUUGCGUAGGAGGGAUCAAAUCGCCUACGAGCAGCAGCGCAUCGCCGAAAUUCGUCUCGAAAAGCUCGCCAAGGCUGUCAACCAAAUCCAGGAGAAGCGCAACUGUCACGAGCAAGGCGCACAGGAAUUGAUGGAGCGCCGCAACGAGCUGCACGAGAGGCGGGAGCGCUGGCGACUCCGAUUGCUCAAACAACAGCAGCAGCACGCCGAGAGACUCAAAGCCGUGGCGGCCAACUCCAGCGACGCCGCCGAGCACCUCGAGCAGCUCGUCAAGCAAGGCGUGUUGAUUCUGCGAUCGGCCCAGCGCUGCCGACUACUGAAAGCGGAUCAUCGGCCAUCCAGCUCCUCCUCUUCCGAUUCGCCCCCGGCCAAUUGUUUGCUGUCGGAACCGUUUCAACACUUUUGGACGAGAUUCAAUCAGGCUUACCUUGAAACAGUCCUAUUACAACGUCACCAGGCGGCAAUUGUCCGCGGUCGAACGGCCGAAACGGCCAGACUCAAAAAGGAGGUCAACAUCCCCACGUGCUGGAGUUUGAAUGGCACGACUUUGCCUAUUCAUCCGGAGAAAUAAUGUUUUGAAGAUGAGACUCGGCUGGAAGAAGAAAAGAGAUCGAACGUUGAUCUCAAAUUGCUGCUGCUGCUGUUGCGUGUUCCCGUCCGCCUUUCGUGAUUCCUGCGUAUAACCAUUAGUUUGCGUGCACUAAUAAGCCCAAUUCAACUAACUAUAACUCGCAGGUAUAUUUAUAUAGAUACAGGGUAAACUAUGCACACGCCGGUAGCGUACGCAAUCAUUCCGGGGGUGCGCCAGAUGUCAAUAUCCAUUAUGCGCGCUAGGGCAAGUAGUGCACAGCAACGUGAUCGCGAGUGUUUAUAGUUAGCGACAGUGAUGCCACAAACUGUUACCUUCCACUUUUCAAGAUCGAUUCCUCCGACGCUCCGACGCCCCGGUUGUGUUAUGGGAGGAGCGCGCAAGCUAAUUUUCCUUCCAGAUAUUGUUUCACGAAAAAAAUGUAUUUACUUAUUUCUAUUUAUUUUGGGGGGGUUUCCCCUAUGGCUCCUUGAUGGGGGGGAAUCAAUACGUGUUGUAUUCAAUCUAUAGUUUCCCGACUUUUAAAAACUUGGGGUACAGCGUGGUGGGUGUGUGGGUGCGACUCAAGGGAUUUCAAGUCUAAGAAGAUUGUCACCUUUUUUUGAUAUUCUCAUUUAGAUUGAAGUCUGAAAAUGCCCCGUGUCAUUUUCUCCGGAGUCUUAAGGGCUGAAAAGACACUGUCAAUGUGCGUAAAUAUAUCGUUCGUGAUUCUUUCAUGACUCCGUCGCUAUAUGUUGUAUACCUUAUCUAAUACCUUUUAUCCAUACCAUCUAACUACGCAGUAUAGUGUGUGUGUGUGUUGUCGGCGCCCUGCUGUAUAGUAUAUGUAGAUCUGAAUCUCUUUUUCCUCUGUAAACCUUUUUUUAUCGUGAUAUUAUCCGGAUUCCUCCCCUUUUUCGCCUUUUUUUUUUUAAAUUGUCGUUGUGAAAAUUCUCUGACAUAAAAAAAAAGGUUUCGUUUUCGUAGAAAAGUAAACCUGGAAAUAUAA